AUGCAUACCACUACAAAAAUGAUGUCGGCAUCGAUACCCCAGUCAGAGCACAACCGCACGGUCGCGCAUGUGAACAAGGACCACGCCGAGGAUCUGUCUCUGUACCUACGCCACUUCAACGGCGUGUCCAUACAAGACUCCGCCGACGCCGAGCUCUUGUCUCUGAACCUGGACCGCAUGCUCAUCCGCGCGGGACCCUCGCGCGCACUACACAAGGUCUCUUACUCACCACCCCUGACCGACUGGGCAGACAGACGCUCCGUCCUGGUCGAGAUGUCUCGCUCCGCCCGCGAUGCCUCAUCCUCCGGAGGCCGCCUUCCGGACCCCGACCUGUCCCACGCUGACCCGGCGUCGCUGAUCCGCGGGCCCCGUCUCGUUCCGGAUGUGAUGGUCGACGGGGUCGUCGUCUUCCUCGUCGCCAGCGCCACCGCCUGCCACCUGGGCUACAUCGAGCCCGGCACCAGCCUCUGGUCCAACCCGCUGCUGGCCAUGUUUCCCGGCGGGCCGGGCAACUUUGCACGCAUCAUGACGACCUUCGUGUGGCCGGUCGCGGCCAUCCACGUCGCAGAGGCCGCCUUCAUGGUCACCAGGCUGCGCAAGUACGGCGUCCCACUGCUUUCCUCGGCGGGACUGUUUUGGACCUUUUCCAUCUUGGUCGAGGGCGUCCUUGGCUGGACAAGGUUCAACAAGAUGAUCAAGGAGAUGAGGCUAGAGGCCGCCGGGAAGGCUGGGAAGAAGAACUGA